AUGUCCCACUCGUUCUUUUUAGUGUUUCUAUUGGCCUUAGGUAAGACUCAAGACUCUAGAUCUUCUGAAUAUUAGAUACAUUUUAGGAGCCUCCCCCGCUUUGUCAGUGAGCGAUAAAAGAUGUGGCACGGAUUUGACUCGCAUCUGGCUGGACAUUGUGUUCGUCAUCGACAACUCGCAAGGAAUGAACAUGUACCAAGUGUUCGACACGAUUAUGUCACUGUUCAAUGCGAAAAUGCAAAUCGGAACUGGAUAUGAUGAUCCAAGAAGUACUAGAGUCGGAAUUGUCACUUACAAUUACAAUGCUACAGAUGUGAGUUACCAUUUCAAGUGUCAUGUAAUCGAUUAGUUCAGGUUGCUGAUUUGUACAAACUGCAAUCGUGGAACGACUUGAACAGUCAGAUGCAGAGACUCAAAAUGACACCGUUAGAAAGAACUGUUGCCACGUAUAUGGAUAGGUUCGUUUUCCGAACGGCUCCCCAAAAAAUACAAUAGUUUCCAGAGGACUGAAUGCUGCUGUCGACAUGAUCAACUCAACUGCUGGAUUCCGUGAUAACUACAAGAAGAUGGUCAUCAUUUUCACUUCCAGCUACGGGUAAAAUGCAGUCUAUAAGUCACUCAUAACCAAAAUCGUUUGUGUUCAGAAACUACCGCACCCGUCCCGCUGACAUCUCCAAGUAUCUGAAGAUGCAAGGAGUCUCCGUGGUCACUGUGAAUACUGGCGCGCACUCGGAUGUGGCCAGCCGUUUGAAAGAGAUCGCCAGCGACAACAUGAGCUUUGCAAUGUCCGAUGGAAAUGUGACACAGGAGAUUUUGAAGGCGAUGACUGACAGUAACAGAAUUGCAAUGGAACGUACUUUCAUUCCCACUCACUUUCAGCCAACUGCUUCUGUCCGAUCGGCUGGACACAGUACCAAUGGCCACUUUACAACUACCAAAACCGCUACGGAACUUGCAUUUACCGUCCAGAUCAGACGGCGAAUCGAGAGACCGCCAAGCAGUUUUGCCAUUCAUUUUCGCCAAAGGCAUAUUUGGUGAAUGAACUGGACCAACAAAAGAGAUCUUUCAACUUUGGUAAGAAUGAAAAAAUCGCAAAUUGAUAUGGAGUUGAGUAUUCAGAGUACAUAAACAACGUUCCGAAACAGCCAGUGAACGCGUUCUACAACGGAUUGACCAAUCUGAAUGGCGCCUGGUUCUGGGAUCAGCCAACCAACCAGCCACUCAUUGCUGUAAGUUCCCAACUCGUUUUCCUAAUUACAAAGAUGAUUCCCAGCUUGAUCCGAACUCUGGAUCCCCUCCACCGCGCUCCGGAUGCGUCGCUGAUAUGAAAUAUUCCGACGGCACCGUAAGAUUUACUCAUCUAUAGUAUUGCUUGCAUAUUUUGUACAUUCAGACUUCUUGGACUCCAGUUAGCUGCUCGAAUCAAUUCCGAUUCCUCUGCGAAUCGCCGGCUUGUGACACUGAUAACUAUUGUGAACAAAAAUAAAUCAACGAGACCAAUAAACAGACUUCUGAAACAUUUGCAAGUCCAGAAAGUUCCAAUAGAAACAGAGGCGUCACGGGCAGAAAGAAGGGGGUAAACACAACAAGUAGAUCAGGGGCAACCGAGAGGAGAAGGCGCACAAAGGCGAAAGAGACAGCGGAUUUGUCAUGCUCAGUUGAAAAGGUAGAAAAGAAGAAUAAGAAAGCAAAAAGAGCAUAUUCUUAUACCAAUAUGUCUACCGUUUUGGUCAAUUUGAACUCUGAGAUUUUUGAUAAAGGUUCUCCUCUCCCUUUUCGGUUCAUCUUCUAGUCGCGUUUUUUCCAGGCGCGCCUGCACCGAAGGCUCUCGAAAAUGAAAAGUUUCGCUUGUACGGAAUGCGUUUCAGCCCCUUCGUCAAGAGAGUUAUGAUAUUUCUCGUGAAGAAGAACAUUCCGGUCGAAGUGCUCAACAUCAAACCCCAGUGAUGCUCCCGAGUGGUACUUCUGCAAGCACUAGAAAGGACAGAUUCCAGCUCUUGAGAUCAGAGGAAAGAGCGAAACUGUGGUGGAGUCGGUGACCAUCUGCGAGUUUCUGGACGAUCUGUUCCCGAAUACGGCUAUCCUUUCUGAAGAUCCAUACGAGAAAGUGCAGCAGAAACUGCUUUACGAGCGUCUGAAUGCGUUCAGCGGAACAUUCUCCCCUUUAUCAGUCUUAUCAAAUCCGACAAGGGAAAGGACGAGAAGUUCGGCAACGUUCUGAAGGCGUUCGACGAGAUCGAGAAGCUUCUCGCCGGGGAAUUCUUCACUGGUAAGCAAGGCACUUCUCUAUUUAUCUCUGAAAACCGACAAAAUGGUUUCAGAAAGGAAGACUCCUACGUAGAUCACAUGAUCUUCCCGAACAUCCAACGUCUCUUCUGGCGUGCCCACAUCUUUUCCGACUCUCCGUGGAACUUCCCCGGCUCUGCAACGUAUCCGAAGUUGACUGCAUGGUAUCACACUAUGCAGAAUCUUCCGGAAGUCAUCCAAGCCGGACAGAUUGUCACCGAUGAAAUCAAUUUCUUCGACGCGUACAUCCGAGGAAGCACCGAGCGUUUCGAUGUUGGACUGUAG